GCAAUUCCGUAGACGUGAUCCUGUUGAUGCUGACGAGGCGGAGUUCAUGGAAAACCUCUUUGAUGCCCUGUGCUCAGCUCUGUCUGACCCUGGGGUAAAAUCCCUAUUCCUUGCUAGUGAAGGUGUCGACUUGAUGUUACUGAUGAUGAAGUAAGUCAUGCCCUUUAACCUGAGCUUACUUUCACGCCAGUUUUCCAGAGAAAAGCUUCAGUCGAAAUCACGCUCUAUCAAGGUGCUCGAUUACGCGAUGUCGGGACCGGCGGGAUCCGAAGUUUGCUCGACUUUCGUUGAGGCACUAGGGUUAAAGACGCUCUUUUCGGCAUUCAUGGGCAAAGUAUCGAAGAAGCAAAAGCGUAACGCCGGAACCCAGGCAACUGAAGACACAUCUCACAUAUUAGGCAUUAUCUCGUCAUUGUUUACGAAUCUCCCUUCGGCCUCGUCAGGCCGAAUACGUUUGCUUGCCAAAUUCGUGGAGAACGAAUAUGAAAAGGUAGACAAACUGCUGGAAAUUCGAGAACACGCUUCCAACCGCUUGAAGCAAGUCGACACUGAGAUUGAAACAGAGAAGAAGGAUUUACUUGCCGACGGCGCUGUUGAACCGGAACACGAAGACUUGUGGUAUCUUCGACGCUUAGAUGGCGGUCUCUUUACUCUGCAAACCGUCGAUUAUAUUUUGACCUGGAUUGCAAUGGAAGAUGACGGUGUAUGUUUAGUUCUGAACCGAGCUGCUUCAUUGACUGGCUGACUAUCAUUUUAGGCACGAGCCCAUCUCGCAAAGAU